AGAAACCUGGGUGAAUACAAAUCCAGGGCUCCGUCUGUUUCCUUCUCCCCUUCUAAAACCCUAGCAAAAAGAAUAACACAUCAUCAAAACCGCCUUUCGCGGUCGUCAAUCUCCAGCUCCUUUCAACUCUCCGAAGGGGAAGCUACAACCUUUCACCGUCCAGUUUCCUUUCCAUCAGUCGUCUCUGUUCCCCCUCACGUCCUUGCCGGUGAGCAUCCAUCAUGGUGAAGAAGAGCAAGAAGAGUAAGAGUAAGAGGGUGACGCUGAAGAAGAAGCACAAGGUUAUCAGGAAGGUGAAGGAGCACCAUAAGAAGAAGGCUAAGGAAGCUAAGAAGUUGGCUCGUACUGGUAAGAAGAAGGUCGAGAAGGACCCGGGGAUUCCCAAUGACUGGCCCUUUAAGGAACAGGAGCUCAAGGCCCUUGAAGUUCGGCGCGCUCGUGCUAUAGAGGAAUUGGAGCGGAAGAAAGCUGAGCGCAAGGAACGGGCUCGAAAGAGGAAAUUGGGCAUACUGGAGGAUGAUUCUGCUGCUAUGGAACUUGGGGCAGAGGAGGAGAAAGAUAGGAAGCAGGUGGUUGAAGUCGCAAGAAAUCGGGAUAGUUCAGAUAAAGUAUUCUAUAAGGAGUUGGUUAAAGUCAUUGAAGUAUCAGAUGUCAUUUUAGAAGUUCUUGAUGCCAGAGAUCCGUUAGGCACCCGUUGUAUUGAUAUGGAAAAAAUGGUGAUGAAAUCUGGUCCUGAGAAGCAUCUCGUAUUGCUUCUGAAUAAAAUUGAUCUUGUUCCACGAGAAGCGGUUGAAAAAUGGCUCAAGUACCUUAGGGAAGAGCUACCAGCAGUUGCCUUCAAGUGUAGUACUCAAGAGCAGAGGUCGAAUUUGGGCUGGAAGAAAUCUUCCUCUAAGACAGCAAAACCAAGCAAUCUUCUGCAAACAAGUGAUUGUCUUGGCGCUGACACUCUCAUUAAGUUGCUGAAAAAUUACUCUAGAAGUCACGAUAUCAAGAAAUCCAUAACAGUAGGUAUUAUUGGUCUACCUAAUGUUGGUAAGAGCAGUCUCAUUAACAGUCUGAAGAGAAGCCAUGUUGCUAAUGUUGGUGCUACCCCUGGAUUGACAAGAUCAUUGCAAGAGGUUCAAUUGGAUAAGAAUGUUAAAUUGGUAGACUGUCCGGGUGUUGUCAUGCUUAAAUCUCAGGAAGACGAUGCAUCUAUUGCCCUCCGAAAUUGCAAGCGAAUCGAAAAGUUAGAUGAUCCCAUUAGUCCAGUGAAAGAAAUUAUCAAGCGCUGUCCAGAAAGGCUGCUGGUGACACUGUACAAGAUUCCAAGUUUUGAUUCGGUCGAUGAUUUCCUGCAGAACUUAGCUACAGUCAGAGGACGGCUAAAAAAGGGUGGUAUUGUUGAUAUUGAAGCUGCUGCUAGAAUUGUCCUGCAUGAUUGGAAUACUGGGAAGAUUCCAUAUUACACAAUGCCUCCAAUCAGGAAUCAGGAAGAAGCUUCAGAGGCAAAGAUUGUUUCCGAGCUAGGCAAGGAGUUUAAUAUUGAUGAAGUCUACAAUAGUGAAUCUUCAUUUAUUGGAAGUUUGAAGUCUGUCAAUGACUUCAUACCUGUUGAAGUUCCUUCCAGCAGCCCACUCAAUUUUGAUGAGAGCAUGUUAGAGGAAAAUAUAGAACCUGAAGCAUCAGGUAGAGCUGAAGAAGGCUCCGACGAAAUGAAGGAAGCUGAAGAAGACCAAGAUAUGGGUACAGGUGCUGGAGAUACCAGCAUGACCAAAUCAAAGAACUCAACCACCAGACAGAAUGAGAAGCUGUAUGCUGUAGAAGGCAUGGUGAACAAUAAGAUGAAAAAAGCCGAGAAGAAACGGAGGAAAAAGGCUGCUAAAGUGGAUGCAAUGGAUGAUGAUUAUGACUUUAAAGUGGAUUACAGGAAGGGUUCAGCCAUGGAUGCCGAUGAAGAAGAUGAGGACGGUGAUGGAAGCAAGAUAAUAUGUAAGGUGCCGAUGUCUGAUGUUCAGUUUCCGGAUGAUGAUUGAUCGAUUGAAGGAGAGAGCAACACUAUAAUCGCUUGAACCCCUCCUUUUUCAUUUACUUUUAGAUGGAAAGCAUGGCAACAGUUCUGGCAUGAAUGCCUACAGUUUUGAGUGUAUUUGUACUAGCAGACUGCCAUUUUCCGGCUAUCGAUCAAUGAAUGCCUACAAAUUUGUGACUGCAACUUGGUAAGCCGAUCAACGAAUUUGUUCUUGCUUUUCCGGUGAUCGAUCUAAUCCAGAAAGAUUUGUGGAUCUAUUUUAUUCCAUAUGAGAAUGUGAAUGAAGAAGGUACACAGGGUAGUAACACUAAUAUUCUCCCUUGCGAAGAGGGUAACUGAACUACUAUUUCAUUCGGCCCGAUGAUAGAACACCAAACUUAAAGGAAAAACUGUAGAAAGAGAAGACUUUUUAAAAGGUCAUGAGCCCGGCUGAAGAUUCAAUCCUGGGAGAAGAUCAUGCGCCGGUCACCACCUCGACCUCUGAAAUGUCGGUUUCAGGAUCAGUUGAUGCUUCGACUACUGAGGUAGUCUGUGCAGCUUCUUGCUUGGCCUUCUUGGCUCUCCCCACCACAUCUUCCUGCCAGAAGAGAAAUGAGCAAAGAACGUUUGCUUGACCAAGUUAAAAUGGGAGGGAAAUGAAAUGGAGAGUGAAGAGUGGGGAAAGAAGAGAAAGAAAGCGACGUCACCUGGAAGCCUUGUAUGUGCUUUUGCUGGUCAGAUUGAAGCUUCCCAAUGGUGCUCAUAAUCUCCCCAACAGCCGAUUCAAGCCGCUCGUUCAGCACUUCCGCUAGAGCCUUCCCCAAGAAGAAGGCAUCCAAAAAUGAAGUCAGAGAAGACGGUCUCUCUGGUAGUACCAGAAGUGGAGUCGGCGGAGUCGGUGCUGCUCCUGCAUCUCAGGCUGGUUCCACGGCGCGCAGUGAGGACCAGCUGGGUACUGGGUUUUGCGAGUCCGGAGCAGGCAAGGUGACGGUUCUGCGGCGGGGUAAAUGUGAUUGCGGCGGACUUGAAGGUUGGUUUGGGCAGGGAAUUGGUGGAGUGAGGCAGAAAGGCGUUCAGAAUUUGCGGGGAAGCUGUAACCCCACUCAUUCUUUUCUUUGUGAGUUUUCCUGUUCUCCCUCCCGAGUUGGUGUUUUGUCGUGGCUGCUCACCAUUUUCCCCUCUUGCCUGCUAUUUAUAUUAUUGGUU